UGUCCCAAGGCAGCCUUGCCGCAGUGUUAUUUAUUGUAGUUAGCUACAGUGUUAUCUAUAACAAUGUUGUUUUUCGUAAAUAAAUUGCCAAGUGUCUUUAUCGUCGUGUCUCUGGUGCUACUGGCUAAUGCACAAAAACCGGGCCAUCGAGAAGUUGACGUGGAAGAGCUGGCGCGGCAGAACCAAAUAACUACGAAGAUCCUAGAGGCUUUCAUACAGAAGAAGCUCGGAUUAACCAGCACGAACGUGAGAGCACCUUCAAUCUUCGACAUCAUCCCUGCGAAGAAACCGGAGGAUAGAUUAACAAGGGACUCGAUGGGGGAGCAACACCGGAAAAAGAUGAGGCAGGAGGGCAUACAGGAUGAGGAGGAACCGAUACCUGAAGAGAGGAUUCCAGAGGAAACUGAAAACUCUCCGGAGUACGUGGAUAUACUAGCUGAUAUUCCAGAAGAGAAGGACCAGCUACAGAGUGUUGAUACUGAACACAUAGAUUCUAUAUUUACAGAAGGUAGGAGCAAAAAAUAUUCCACUCCACCCUCCGCCUUCGACAACAACCUAGAGUCCAGUUAUCAAUGCUCGAGCUGCAGUACAGAAGACGAACUGGGUGUAACAAGAUGGACGAUGCCCCUCCUCAAGUCUGGAGAAAAGAGAUAUUAUUUAGGAAUCUUUUUUAAGGCGAACUGGUUUAAGGCGCAGCAGUACUGCCGGUUCCACGGCAUGCACCUCGCGUCCAUCUCCUCGCAGGAGGAGAACGACAAGCUCGAGAAGUACGUCAGAGAAUCAGGUUACGGUCGCGAGCACUUCUGGACGUCGGGCACGGACUUGGCUGAGGAGGGCAACUUCUUCUGGAUGGCCAACGGCAGACCCCUAACCUUCGUCAACUGGAAUGCUGGCGAGCCCAACAACUUCAGAUACGAGAACGGCGAGGAGGAGAACUGUCUAGAGUUGUGGAACAGGGACGACAAAGGCCUGAAAUGGAACGACUCGCCCUGCUCCUUCGAGACCUACUUCAUCUGCGAGGUGCGCUCCGAUUAAUAACCGUCGACGACAUUACACGCUCCAAAUUUAAAUUAUUUUUGACAGUUGUUUUUUUUUUUAUCUGUAAAUACUUAGCAUGGAACUAAAAACGUGCGGACUUUCUGA